AUGCUGAAGUUUGGUGUCGUCGUUUUGAUUUAUGUGAUGGUGGUUAUGGAUGUUUUUGGAAGACCGGUGACUGUUGUGGAUAGAUUCGGGGUGAGUGGUGGUGCGGGUAGUGGUGUCAAGGUGGUAAUGGUGGUGGUUAGUAUAUUUUGUUCCGGUGUGGAAUUAAAUGUAUACGAAAUGGCUGUAGUUAGAGUGUGGUUUACUCCAAAGUCGAUGAAGGAGUAUCGUUGUCGAAAAGAGGCAAAAAAACGAACAUUUGAAAUUAAAAUGGGCUUUGGACAACAGCAAGAAUGA